AUGAUUCUCUUUCUUCUUAUAGACCUGGAGAAAGAGAACUGGGAGCUGACAACAAGGGACCUCUUCAAUGACAUCGUUGUUUUUUUGAAUGCAUACCACAAGUCAAGCCGGAACAACAGAGUCGUGGUUGUGAGUGGAAAGACGGUUCUUUUCGAUUCGUCAGAAAGCGACAUUACAGAGAUAUACAGGAUAAUCGAGCAUCCCCACGGAUAUGAUGUGGGAGACCUUGGCUAUGCACUUUGCCUGCAUAGGGACGAGGAGUCACAGAUUGUGAUCUUUACGCUUGGAAGGGAGAGAAAGGACGAGUAUCUGAGGUAUCUGAAGUGUAUGUUUGCAGCACAGAGAUUCGGAAUAAGAGUCAGUGCAUUUUCGCUGUUUGAGAACAAGACAAUUCUCCAGUGCUGUGCAUCGACGGGCGGCGACUACUCCACAUCAGAAGAUGGAUGCCUGAGGUUCCUUCUAUCCCUGCUCGGCACGCGGGGGGAGCCAAAGCCCUUGGGAUUUCCAGCAACAUGCUACUGCCAUAACAGGCAGGUGCUACUGGGGCUUGUGUGUCCUAUAUGCCUUUCUGUGUUCUGCAGAUUCGUGCCUGUGUGCAAGAAGUGCAAGAGUAAGUUCAGCUUCACCAAGUACGAGAGCUAG